UAUGGCCCGCAAAGUGACCAUUGGCAUAGACAUAUGGACUAAAAAGGGGCUCACAGCCUCCUUCCUUGCUGUCAGUGCUUGUUAUUUCAAUGUUCAAGACAGUAAAGCUGAACACAUACUCCUAAACUUAAAGCAAAUGGUUCACCCACACACUGCUCAUUCUAUUGCUACCCUUGUGGAGGAGUGCACAGAAGAAUGGGGGAUCCCAAAGGAAAAAAUUCUCAUGAUUAUAACAGAUAAUGGAAGCAACAUGGUUUCUGCAUUUCGCCACGAAGAAGACACCAGUUCUGAUGAGAGCAAUUCCCAGGAUAGUGAUGAAGAGGUAGAGGCAGAUGAAAGAUAUGGAACCUUGGAGAGGACCCCAUGUGUGGUCCAUACCCUUCAGCUUGUCGUCAACAUGAUCAAGAAGGAACAAGCAAUCAAACGUCUACUGGACAAGGUCCGGCAUCUGGUGAGACAGUUUCGCAAAUCAUCUGUUGCCACAGAACGGUUGCUGGAACAAUGUGGACGCAUUCUCAUCAAAGACUGUCCAACCAGAUGGUCCAGUUCUUUUUUGAUGUUGUCUCGUUUACUUGAAAUAAAGGACCAUGUGACAUCAGUGGCUGACACCAUGGGCUGGGAUUGCCUACUUCCCAGUGAAUGGCAGAAGGUGGCCAUCCUCAAAGACUUGCUCCUUCCAUUUGCAGAACACACAAAGGAGCUACAGGGAUGUAGCUACACUGGCACAGAAGAUGUCUGCAGAUAUGGAUCUACGCUUCAGCUGUUUCCUGGAUGUGUCGGCAAGCAAGUUUUCUCCUCUUGCUGCAGCUGCUUGUUUUGUUGA